CACCUUUUGUCAAAACACAUAUAUACACAGAGCACGUGUCCUGUGAUGGCUUUGUUGUGCACAAAUUUGUAAACUUCAAAAUUCAACAAUGGCUAAACUUUGCUCGUAUUAUACAUUAUCACCUUUAAUUGAUCAACAAAAUUUACUUGGUGUUGAAAAAGAUUCAAACCCUGGAUGUGCAAUAAUAACACUCGGAAGGAACAUCGUAAUUCGUUACAAGUUACAAGAUGUAAAACAAGUAAGUAGUUGGUCGACAAAAGAAAGACUUACAAGUCAAGUUAUUUACGAUGAAACAACAAAAUCAUAUUCUGCGGUAUUUAAUGAAAAAUAUAUAAGAGUUUGGCUAGAAGAAGAAACGGAACUUGAUAAAGUGAAGAAAAAUAAAUUUACUCUUCCACUUCAUAGUAUUCUUACAUUGGAAGGAUUUCCACCGGUGGUAUUAUUACAAAAUGGAAAUACAGCAUCAUUGAAAUGGGCUCUUAAAAACAGAAAAAAUUGGUCUUGUAAAGAAAUUUUAAAGUCAAAAGAAACUUUAUUAAAAUCACAAUUAGUUAAUGUUAAUUAUAAAUCAUAUCUUUGUACUCUGACUAAACUAGACAAUGUAUAUAAUUACAUUUUAAUGCCACUUGAAAAUGACAUUUUCCUAGGAGAAGCAGAAAAAAUUAUACGAAUUGAAUUAAAGCGGGAUCUUGAAACUUUAGUUGGACAUGUCGUUAUGCAAGACAAAAAAAAUGCCUAUUUAUUAACACUGUGGUCUGAUGGUAGAUUGUACAGUUACUCUUUAAUUAAUUCAUCAUUGAUAAGUAGUCCAGGCGAAUUACUUAGUAAAAUAACAAUUGUAAAUACAAAAUAUCCAGUGGUAAUGAUUCCCUUAAACGAAACGACAAUUGCCAUGUAUGGAGCCGAUUCUUUGGAAGAAGGCGCCGUAUUAUGUGUUUACAAUGUACAAUUCAAAUUGGUGCAAGCUGUUCAAAAAUUGAAAUUAUAUACAAACGAUGCAAAACUUUGGAAAGUCGAGGACAAAUUAUUAUUAGCUGCAAAUCGACAUUUGUCAGUUGCUCCAUUUCGUUUGGCACCACAAAGAUUGGAACCAAUGGUCGGUUCUUCUUUAAAUCAUAAAAAUAAUGAUUUUGAUGAGACAAGUGAUGUUGCAGUGAUUAAAAAUAGCGAAGGUGUAAUUUCAAAAUGGGAAGAACAAACGUCAAGUCCAGUUAAAUUAAAAAUGAAUAAAUCGACAAAUUCAAUUUUCAAACAAAUCUCUGCUUUAACGAAUGAGGGAUUUCGUAAUUCUGCCAUACCUGAGGUAAUUAUUCCCGAAUUAAUUGAAUCAAAAGACAUCACGUCGAUAUUAUGGUGUCUUGAUAAUUUUCGUGAUUUACCAGAAAAAUUAUUAGUAGACUUAUUAUCGUUUUCUUUACGAACAUCAGAUAAUGUGAAGUCAUUAAGAAAUGGAGACAUUGACAAGGAACCAACGAAAAUUGUCUCGAAUAUUCAAGACAAAUUUUUAAACAAAAUUUUUAGUUCCACUUACACUGAUAUUUAUUUAUUAAUGCAUCUAAAAACGAGUUUAAGUUUUGAAGAAAUAUUGAAAGUCUUAAAAAAUCUUGUUGAACGAUUAGAUAUUGAAGAAAAUUUGGAUCAACAAUCAGAGGAACCUGAUUUUCUACAAUUAUAUCAAUGGACCAAUUUGUUAUUAGACUCUCAUUAUCAGAAUUAUCUUUUGGCUCGAGAUCCUCAAAUAUUGAAUAAACUUCAAAAUCUUCAAAUUAUUCUCGAUAAACACUUUCAGUUACUUAAAGAUCUGGAGAAUUUAAGGCCAAUGUUGGUUAGAAUUUUAAGUGGAAAACCCGUGAAACCAACAACUCAAGAUUUUAAUAAAUUUUACUCAAUAGAAGAAGUGAAGCUAUAUUAAGUUGUAAAAUGAAGUUUAUUGACUUUUCGUAUAAAAAAUCAAAUAUUUUUUAAAUAAAUAAGACUGUUUCAAUA